AUGAUGUUUUUCCAGGUAUUGUUGUUCUGUCUGAUCGCCUAUGGACACAGCAGACCGUCGGACAUCGACGAACACGACGAGAUCAUAAGAGAAGCGAAGAGGGAUAAUAAAAACUUCCAACAUGAUAGCGUAAGCGAACUUCCGCUACACCAAACGGAAUCUUCGACUACGGAAAACAUGUUGGGCCGAUUGAAAUCUAUAGCGCACCUGCGAAUGGCCGAGACAAAAAAGCUGGCAUUGGAUUCCAUAACCAGAGAAGAACUGGAAGCGCUUAGGGACCUUUUAGACAAAAACCUUCAAAAGUACCAGAACUACAACGAGUACUCGACGAGGAAACGGCCGAGCGACCCGUACAUAGGUCAGAUCCUCCAUAACCUGAACGGUGAACCGCAAUCAGUCGGCGGCGGUAACAACAACAUGCAGCUACAGCAACACCACCACAACAACAAUAAUAACAACGGCGACGACGAACCAGUGUCGGACCACCGCCUGCAGAUGCCCAUUAGACGCAAGAUCAUCAGACACACGGUGUUCGCGACGCCAAUGCAGGGCGGCAACGUGGGCGUUCCGAAUCGGAUGUAUAACAGCGGUGACGCGUCGUCGAGGAUCGAUUGGUCGUCGCCUUGGGCCGAUUACUUUCCGAUAUUGAUCAAAGAUCCGCUGCAGACGAUGAUGAACUCAUUUUCCGAGAUCAUAGAGUACGGUCCGGCCGCUGACAUUUGCAGGCACUCGACGGGUGACGUGGCGGGCGAGGACGCCAACAGGUUGGACGACGGGGUACCGUCCCGAACUACUAGGCGGAUGACAGGUGGCGGUAAGGUGUCCGCCGUUGGACCGGAAGCGAGGAGACGGUCGCGCCGGAACACGGUGGCCGCGCGGUCGGAAGAGGAAAAGGGAGCGCUGCUGAACCACGUGCGGCCGUUCAAACACACGACGACGACCGCGGCGCCGGAACCGUCAAAGCUGUUUGGCUGGUACGCCGGACAAGGAGGCCACUGA